GAAAUCAUUGGGUGUUGGUCGCCAUCGACAUGGCGGCUGAAACGAUUUACUACCUAGAUUCCUUGGGAGGAAUUCCAUCGAAGGAUUUGGAGGAAAUCAUGAAUCAAGGGGUGACGAUUAAUCAUGCCCAAAAAUCCAAGAAAAGGUUGAAUUUAAAAUGGGUGAGAGUGAUGUGCCCUAAGCAAACAGGAGGAGUUGAGUGUGGUUACUUUGUGAUGAAGUACAUGAAGGAUAUUGUAUCUGACGUGAAUCGUUUGAAACAGAAUUUCUCUACCGUCAAGGAGUAUACCGAAGAUGAUAUUUAACAAGUGCGUGAGGAGUGGGCUUUGUAUGCUGCUACUUUGAUAAAAAA